AUGGCUAUCACUGCCAAUGUGGUCAGUUCAGAAGUCUGGGAACAGAAUAAAAAGUACACCGUCUACAAGAUAGUGGUCAAGUAUGACAGCCACACUUGGAUCAUCCACCGGCGGUACAAUGAGUUUAGCAAACUCUGCGACCUCCUCAAAAAGCUCUACCCUCAUCUUCACCUGAAGCUGCCCGGCAAGAAGCUGUUUGGCAACAACUUCAGUUCCGAUUUCAUCAAAACGCGCCGCCAGGCAUUGGACACUCUGGUGCAGCGAGUCCUCGGCGAGCCACAGGUUUUAGAUGUCGCUGAAGUGAGGACGUUCUUUCAGCUCGACCGAACGCUAAAGAACAGCGUCGAAGAUGAUGACGACCACGAGGACGCCUCGAUGACCAUCACCUCAAACAGCAGUGAGAAGAUGAUCAAUCUGGGUCCCUCAGAGAAGCCCAGCGUCAAACCGAGCGACUUUGAGUUCCUGCGCACCAUUGGCAAGGGCAGCUUUGGAAAGGUCUUCUCAGCGCGCCACAAAAAGGAGGACACCAUAUACGCCAUCAAAGUACUCAACAAGAAGAUGAUUCUCAAGCGCAACGAGAAGAAUCACAUUAUGAGCGAGCGGAAUGUGCUGCUGAAGAAUCUGAACCAUCCCUUCCUCGUCGGCCUGUACUACUCAUUUCAGACCAAAGACAAGCUGUACUUUGUCUUGGACUACGUCAACGGCGGAGAGCUCUUUUUCCACCUCUCCAAAGAACGCCUCUUUACGGAGCCGCGAGCGAGGUUUUACGCCGCGGAGAUCACCAGCGCCAUUGGCUACCUGCACUCCCAGGGCAUCAUAUACCGAGACCUGAAACCGGAGAACAUUCUUCUCGACUCUGACGGUCACAUCAUUCUCACCGACUUUGGCCUGUGUAAAGAGGGCCUCCGAGAGCGGGAAACGACCAACACCUUCUGCGGCACGCCCGAGUACCUGGCGCCCGAAGUGCUGCGCAAGGAGCCCUACGACCGGUGCGUCGACUGGUGGUGUUUGGGCGCAGUGCUCUACGAAAUGCUCAACUCACUGCCACCCUUCUACAGUCGUGACAAUGCAGAGAUGUACGACAACAUUUUGCACAAACCAGUUCGAUUUCGUGCCAACAUGUCUACAGCCGCUAGAAAUAUCCUCGAGUUGCUGCUGCAAAAGGAUAAACGGAAGCGUCUGGGCGCAAUCGAAGACGCAGACGAAAUAAAGCGACACGAGUUCUUCCGGCCAAUCAACUGGGCUGACCUUGAGUCAAAGAGCAUUCCGCCGCCAUUCAACCCUAAUGUGAAGGACAACCUCGAUAUGAGAAAUAUCGACCCUGAGUUUGUGCGCGAAGCCAUUCCCAAUUCUGUGAUCAAGUCUCAAGGCAUGGGAGCCUCCAGUCUGGGCGAUAACGUUUUCCAGGGUUUCUCCUACGCCCCCGUGCACAACCACAAUCUCGGAUACUGA